AUGUCUCACCAACCGGAAAGACACCUUCAUAGCACCAACCCUGUGUUCAAGGAACCCAACAAUCUAGAUGUCAUAAACGAUGCCAUUGUACUUCCAUCCGAACGUGAAUUAAUAUCAUCGUCAGCAGACAUACGGGUCUGCAAGUAUGCGAUCUGCAUCAGUAAGGACAACAUUCCCGGCUUGUUGCCCGAAGACAAAGACUAUAAGGUCAGACACUUCGGCGAUAUACCGAAUCUCAUGGAUAGCGAUGAUCUGUCACAGCCUAUGACUUUCGAAAGCUUCGUGGGAUUAAUUCUUUCCCAAAGCGAUCUGAAUGUCACGCAACAAUCCGUCAACGUAUGGGCCACAGCUAACCUCAACACACCAGCUGUGCGCAUUGGGUCCAACAGGCAGUUUGCUGAUCUCUUUAUUAACUACAACGAUUUGUUCCACAGGGACCCAUUGCAUCAUUCGAUUUUGUACUUCUUCGUCGAUUUCAAUGGGCCCUCAGGCAUCGUUCCGUCGGGGAGCACCCGCCAACAUACCUCGCCGCCGUUUCUCGGGGAUCAGGUAGUUGAUGAGUACACCGCCGCUGGGGGUAUUUCACCCAAGCACAUUCCUGCGACUCCCACGGGCUAUGAACCAACGGACUAUAUUAUAAGCCGUAGGCAUGCUACUCAACCACAUGAUCAGGUUCUAGAACCAUCUCCAGUCCAGCCGAAAAGGGCCAAAACAUUAGAGACUGGUAAGCGGGCAAUCAACAAGCUCAUGGUCGCUGUCAAAAGCGUUCCCGAGACCGUCAAAGAACUGGUAUCUCCGAGAGAAGCCCCCCAGCAGAACACUGUGCUCACACAGCUGGCGUCUAGGAUCGACCAAGAGGACUAUCUAACGGGUCUGCUGCCCAAGACAAACGGUAGCCCUCAACGUCAAGCUGUCAUUGACGCAUACCAGGCUGAGCAAUUUGAGCGUUUCGCUAGGUUUUUCCCUCAUAUCGACCCGAAGCAGCGCGAAAAUAGACGAACCAUCCGCUUCAAGCACACAGCCCUCGCAGUGACACCCCACCAGUUCACGAGAGCAAUGGAAAUUUUAUUCCAGGACGAUACGACAGGGGGCUUGACGGGUGGCAUCUUGGCUUCGGAGAUGGGUUCGGGGAAGAGUUUCGUGAUCCUCGGGGCUGUAACGAUCAGGGCGAUUCUCCAUGAGAAUGAACGAAGAGUAAGACGGGAAUGGGAGGAGGUCGAGGCACGCGAACGGACGUUGAAGAAGGGGGUACGACCAGUGAAACUUAACCACCUUCCCCAUAACGCUAGGCGAGGCGUUGGGCUCAAGUGUCCGACGCAGUCUGACCGCCCAGCAGACUGUGUUUGUUUUUGCGUACCGGACGGGCCCACGCGUACUCAGAUUUCCAGGCUCAAGCGUGGGGCUGCUCUCAUCCACGUCCCCAGUGCUUCCAUGCCGGGUUGGAUUGAGACACUCGAAGAGGCUAACUUCAGUCGCAUGGCAUAUAACGUCCAGGUUUUGUAUUCGGGCCCGCCGCUUUCGUCGAGGCUCCAACCGGGCCCCGAAUUUCUCAAGGGCAAAAACUCUAGCGUUAACAACUGGAGCAUGGGCGCGGUCCUGCCUGAGGGUCGUGCUGGCGGCAUGAUUUCAAGAACUCAAGAUUUAACCUGGUUCGCCCAACCUGCGCCGCUUUCCAACCGUCUGGCCAUGGCUAUGGAGACUUACAUAGUGGUCACAUCGCACAAUAGCACCCAGCUUAGAGAUCUGUAUAGUUGGGAUAUCAAAGAUUUGUCUCCUGCGCCACAGAACUGUCAAUUCCCUCCUGGCGGCCUCUACGCACAUCCGUUUGGGCUUACGUUCAUCGACGAAGCUCAUAAAGUGCUCCAGAAAGACAGUAUGCCUUUGCAGAUGGCCGCUUUGAGCCGCCAAAUCCUACCAACCCCGUCAGCAACAACGGUCGGCGAUGUAUGGUUAGUGAGCGGAACGCCUUUCGGGGGUCAACUCAAAGACCUUAUCGCGGCUAUAAGCUACCUAGCCCCCGACCGUGCGGACGAUGCGAGGGCUCUGUUGGAAGCUUAUGAUGCGAUUGAGCCUGCGAUGACCAACACUCCCAGGACUAUAUUCGAGGCGCUCUUCAACAGGGUCUUUGGUGGCCAAUUAACUAUCCGCGACGCCUGGGACACCACGUUUAUGGGGUCACGCAUCACAGGAAUUCAGAAGGUUCAGCCGCAGUACAUCUCGAGAGAAACCCCACAGAGCAAUCUGCAUACCGUGCGAAUGGUAAUGACUACCAAGGUCACUGCGGGCCCUCGCGAUGCCUAUUUCGACACUCUUCAGAAGUUGAAACCUAACACGCAGCUAUUGUACCUUCUCUCGAUGUUUCCAUCUGCUGCCAAGGUUCUCCUAGAUUCGCCUGAUACACCCUUUGCGGACUGGGACAUAAGGACAAUGAUCCGGAAGGAGAAAAACACGACAGGCGAGUCGCUCACAUCCAACAAGACUUUUCGUUCCCUCGCUGAAAAGCUUGCCCGGAGUCCCCGGAGCCCAAAGCUUCAGUACAUCUUGGAUGAGCUGGACCGGAUGGAGAGGGACCGCACGCCGCGACCACAAGUCUCGAGGGCUGGGUCAAGUGCCCAUGUACAAGACGACCCCGCGCUGAAGAAGAUGGUGAUCAUCACGCCAACGGUCUUCACGGCUGUCAUGCUGUACAUUAUCCUGGCCCGUAACCACCCCCGCACCAAGCCCCUCCUUUAUCAUGGGGACCUGAAGCAGAGCCAGCGCUCGGAUGUCCUGAGGCGCUUCAACAGCCUGCGAAAGCGCGAUGGGCCGGCGCGAGUGUUCAUCGCACCCGCGUCGGUCGGUUCGGAGGCGCUGAACCUCCAGAUCGCAAACAGGCUCAUCCUCACGAGCCCGCUGCUGGACCCUAACCAGGAAAGCCAGGCUCUUGCGCGUGUGAAUCGUGUAGGACAAACAUUGGACGUGCAGCAAAAGGUUCUGCUUCUGGAAGACAGCCCGGUCGACCGCAUUGUUAUUGCCCACAGAGCUAAUGCGAAAUUCCUGAACGACCCUUUCAACGUAGCGGAAGCUGUCAGAGUUGUCACUUCGGAUUCUGACAGUGCCAGCACCCUGGCCCCUUGA